AUGACCUGGAGGGUGUGGACACUGUCUUCUUCACCUCCCAGCAGCAAGUUGAUGGCUGCUGCUCCUCUCCUUGCAAGUCUUGAAGCCUUUAAUUGUGAAAUUAUGCUUGCUUGGUUCAAGUUCAGUCACUCUCCCUCUUUCAACAUGUUGUCUGCGAAACUCAGAAUGCACCCUUACAAAUACCGGCUCAAGGACCUCUGUAUCUCGGUCUCUGCUGUUGACAUGGGCACCACUUCGCCUGUGUUCCUCUCGUUUUCUGUCUCCUCGCCGCCUGGGGGAAAACAAUCUGCCUCUGCUGUGCCUUGGCUUCUCCAUCUUUCUCACCUCCCACUCCGUUUUGAAGCUUUUGCAUGCACCUUUGUCACUUGCCCGUGUGCACCUUCCUCACCUGUACCCAGUCUAUUGGGCCUUACUGGUCUUGUCUUGGCACCCCCUAGUCCUCUGGUGGGAGGACCUGUCUACAUUCCGCAAGUUCAUACUUGCGAAAUUUGCUGGACUGCGUCCUGCUCGCCUCGCCUGACGCUUCUUUGGUUUAGCAGAGUGCCAGCGAGCGAGCCGCUGCUGACUUUCCAGCAGGCUCUGACAGGCUUUGACUGGGUUUGCGAAUACAUUGAUUCACACCAGUCCUGUAUAAUGACUUGUGCCGACAACUGA